UACUAUUUCUUCUUCCUUAAAAAUUCAGAAAUAGUUUUGAACUAUCUGAUGAUUUGGCAAGAGUUCAAGUGAGAUCUACAGUUCAAUUCAUCAAUGGAGGGCUAUGUGUGGGCUAUCGCCGCUGGACUCAACGCUGCUCUUGCAGCCAUCUCUGCCAAAUUCUUCACCUCCCAGCUCAUCAAAUAUGGUUGUGUCAUAUUAUUCAAUGUCACAAUGUGGGGAUGCUAUGUCAAUAGCCUUAAAGCUCUAUCAUCUCUACAAGCUACUGUGACUAACUUUGCAACCAACUUUUUAUCAUCUGGAUUGGCUGGAUUUUUGCUUUUUCGGGAGCCACUACCAAUCCAGUGGUUUGCAGGCGCUUCCCUUAUCGUGCUUGGAGUUAUUGUUUUGAGCAAGUCAAGCAUAGAGAAGAAAACUCAUACAAGUUAGAUUUGAAGAAGGUGUGAGCCAAAUAUCAGAUGUAGAUUUUAAUGGCCUUAACAUGAACUACUGUUAAAUUCGUGUCUCAAAAUCAGUUUAUUUUGCAUUAUUGUGGCUAUGUUGAUAUAAUUGUUGCUCUUGUAAUAUUGCAAUAUUGGGACUUGUUCAGUACUUAGGCAACUUUUAAA